AUGGCAUGUUUUGAUGCAGGUGGAGCUGCGACACUGGUCGCAUCUUAUCUUGCCCGCGUUCGUGGAUCAAACGAACCUGAGUUCAGUGCCUCACGCGCGAAGACCCUCGAGUCCUAUCUUCGCGAAAUACACGCAUUUGUGAUGGAUUAUGGGCAUGAAGUCGGCCACCACUGGGACCCUCAAAUCGAGAGCUAUCGUGGUGCCCUCGAGGCCAUGCUGGGCAAUACCUCC